UUUUUGGGAAAAAAAAUAAGAAGAAAGGAAAGGACCAAAUAUACAAAGGAGAGGAAAAGAGAGAGAGAGAGAAGAAAAUCAAAAGAAAGAUGUAUGUGAAGGCGCACCGACCCACGGAUCUGAACCGGAACACAGAAUGGUUCACGUACCCGGGCGUGUGGACCACCUACAUUCUCAUCCUCUUCUUCUCGUGGCUCAUCGUUCUCUCCGUUCUCAAUUGCUCGUCUGGCUUGGCUUGGACCAUAGUCCACCUCUCUCAUUUUCUCGUUACUUAUCACUUCUUUCAUUGGAAGAAGGGAACACCAUUUGCCGAUGACCAAGGUAUCUACAACAGGUUGACCUGGUGGGAGCAGAUAGACAGUGGCAAGCAGCUCACUCGUAAUAGAAAGUUUUUGACUGUGGUGCCUGUUGUGCUGUAUUUGAUAGCCUCACACACGACGGACUAUCAGCACCCUAUGCUCUUCUUCAACACGUUAGCAGUUUUUGUGCUGGUGGUUGCAAAGUUCCCGCACAUGCACAAGGUCCGUAUAUUUGGAAUCAAUGCUGAUCAAUGAACUGUGAAGAAAUUCAAGUUUGGUUUAUCCCAGUUCCUAGGCUGAUCAUUUUGAUAUUCUAAUUGAUAUCCCUGUACAGACGUUAAAACUGGAAAGGGUGUAAUAUUUUUCCUGUUAGUGAAAAUUUUACAUAUAUUGCUUUUCAUUAUAUUUUCAAGAGAAAUACUUUCGUUGUAUUUUCUCUCUGUACCUGCUAAUAUUGGUGAACUCGUGCUAUGCUAUUCUAGUCCAUUGUCACCUGGCGCAAAUGGCUUUUAGUAUAUUUCAUGUAAAAUGAAGAGAAAUUUUUUUUGUUGUAAAGAUUGCUUUUGCUUCCUA